AGCUAAUCCAGGCGCAGUCACCGCGCAUAUCAGGCAGCAGGAGCGAUUGCUAGGCUCCUCUCGUGUGCUCGCGCAGUGCUUCAUAGAUCGUACAAAGCCGCGCUGCAGCGCUCGGGCGUGCCACACCGCACAAGAGACAAGGCUCUCCGCGGCUCGAAUUUUAAACCCAAGGCGCCGCACGCGGACGGCGCGCACAUAAUAAUAAUAAAGAUGGCCCAGCCCCGCUACGAUCACUCGGUAGCCGGCCUAGGCGAAGCCAACUUCGAGAAACUACGGACCUGCAAGGUACUGGUCGUCGGCGCUGGAGGUAUUGGAUGCGAAUUACUAAAGAAUUUGGUGCUCGUCGGCUGCGAGAAACUCACCGUCGUAGAUUUAGAUACCAUCGACGUGUCGAACUUGAACCGCCAGUUCCUCUUCAGAAAGAAGCACGUCGGGAAGAGCAAGGCGGAAGUCGCGGGCGAAGCUAUCAAGCGGUUCAAUCCCAACGUAGAGGUCGAGGCGAUCCACGGCAACAUCAUCACUAACCCCCUGUUCAAGGUCGACUGGUUUAGAGGCUUCGACGCUGUCAUUAAUGCUUUGGAUAACGUCGAUGCCAGAAGACAUGUCAAUAGGAUGUGCCUCGCGGCCGACAAGCCGCUCAUCGAGGCCGGCACGACUGGAUUUUUGGGGCAGGUCUUCUGCAUCAGGAAAGGAGAGACGGCGUGCUACGAGUGCUUCCCCAAGCCCCAGCGCGUGGUCUACCCGAUCUGCACGAUCCGGAGCACGCCGUCGCAGCCGGUGCAUUGUGUGGUGUGGGCCAAGGAGCUGUUUAAGCUGCUGUUCGGGGACGCGUCGGCGUCGAUGUUGUUCGACGACCCCGCUGCGGAGGGCGAGCCGUCGUCGUUCGCCUCAGCUUGUGCUGCCGUCCGUACUACUUCCGUUGAUGGCGCGUCAAAGGCCGUCGGUGCCGCUUUAGCUGCUUUAUGUGACGCCGAGGUCAAAGCUCAAUUGGCGCUGGGUACCUACAAAACGGCGAAAAAGGUACCCACUCCAUUAUCGUCGCCAGAGUUGACUGACGGCGCUGCAUCCCAACCGCCCUCCACAAUAACAAACAGACCGGCGGACUGGGACCGCGCCGUCUGGACCGCGCCGCAGUGUUCUGCCGAAAUCGCGGAAGUAGCGCGCGAACUACUCUCGAACGAUAUGAAGGAAAGAUUAGGCUCCUGGGAAUUUGAUAAGGACGACGAGGCGUCCAUGCGCUUCGUCGCCGCGGCCGCUAACCUGCGGUGCCGCGUCUUCCACAUUGAUCCCUUGUCGUUGUACGAGGCGAAGGGUGUGGCUGGUAACAUCGUGCCUGCCAUCGCUACUACCAAUGCCGUCGUCGCGGGUUUACAGGUACUGGAAUUGUUAAGGUUGGUCGAGCAGAAGUGUAUCUUGAGCGAGGAGCGGACGUCAUUAGCGGAAGUAGGACGGUACACGUACUGCCAGCGCUUUCCUACGGGGAGGAAAUGCGAGUUGCUGCAGCCGGUCGCGCUCGAGGGCCCGCAGCCGACCUGCUACGUCUGCCGCAACGCGACCAUACCCGUAGCCUUAGAUACGAAUGAAACGACUCUCCAGACGUUUGUUGAUGUCGUAUUGAAGAAGAAGCUCGGCUUUAUCGACCCCGCCGUCGACAAGGGCAAUUCUGGUCUGGUCGACUCCGAGGACGAGGGCCUCGCGCGGAACCUGCCUCUGACCCUAGCCAAGCUGCCGGCGGGGGGGGUCGUCAACGGGACGUUGCUCUGCGUGAACGACUUCCAGAUCGAUCUCGAGGUGAACGUCGAGGUCCGCCACAAGGCAAAUAAGGACUUCGACGAGAAGGCGAAUCCGGAGCGCGUCGACAUCCUGACGGGUGCUGCCGCGGCACCUGCGGUGGCGACGCACCACGACUUUAUCUCUCAGAACGACGAGAACUCCGAGCCGGCCGCGAAGAAGGCCCGGCACUAGGUACUGUGUAAAGCUUCUCUUACUA